UGUCGCCCGGAAGAAAGAGGCUCCUGCCUCAGAUGUCUCGUGAUUGCCUCCGGAGCUUUGCUUUUGCUAGUUUAAGCUGCGGAAGAAGGAAGCUAUCUGGCGAAGUAUGGCUGCGGAGUGCCCUACCACGUUUCGGGUCCAGGUGGCAGAACAUCUCAGAUUAUUGAAGCUGAAGGAGAUGUUUUAUUCUAAGUUUGGAUCCAUUCCCAAGUUUUAUGUUCGAGCACCAGGAAGAGUCAAUCUAAUAGGAGAGCAUAUAGAUUACUGUGGUUAUUCGGUUCUUCCUAUGGCUGUAGAACAAGAUAUGCUGAUAGCUGCAGAACCUGUGAAAACACACACUAUCCAACUGGCCAAUACAAACCCCUUGUACCCAGACUUCAGUACUAGUGUUAAUAACAUUCAGAUUGACAAAACCAAGCCUCUGUGGCACAACUAUUUCCUAUGCGGAUUUAAAGGAAUUCAGGAACACUUUGGUCUUAGUAACCUGACUGGAAUGAAUUGCCUGGUAGAUGGAAACAUCCCACCAAGUUCUGGCCUCUCCAGCUCCAGUGCUUUGGUCUGUUGUGCUGGUUUGGUAACACUCACAGCUCUGGGAAUGAACCUAUCCAAGGUAGAACUUGCAGAAAUCUGCGCCAAGAGUGAGCGUUAUAUUGGCACUGAAGGAGGAGGCAUGGACCAGUCCAUAUCAUUUCUUGCAGAGGAAGGAACUGCCAAGUUGAUAGAAUUUAGUCCUCUGAGAGCAACUAAUGUGAAACUCCCAAGUGGAGCAGUGUUUGUGAUUGCCAACAGUUGUGUGGAAAUGAAUAAAGCAGCAACUUCUCAUUUCAAUAUCAGGGUGAUGGAGUGUCGGCUGGCUGCAAAGCUCCUGGCUAAGAACAAAGGCCUGCUAUGGGGUGAAGUACUGCGGCUGGAGGAGGUACAGGCCAAACUAGGGGUCAGUCUGGAAGAAAUGUUGUUGGUCAUAGAGGAUGCCCUUCACCCUGAGCCCUAUAAUCCUGAGGAGAUCUGCAGCUGUCUGGGCAUUAGCCUGGAGAAACUCCGGACCCAAAUCCUGAGUCCAAACACUCAAGAUGUGCUCAUCUUCAAACUCUACCAGCGGGCAAAGCAUGUGUACAGUGAGGCGGCUCGAGUGCUCCAGUUUAAGAAGAUAUGUGAAGAAGCACCUGACAACAUGGUCCAGCUGCUGGGGGAGUUGAUGAACCAGAGCCACGUGAGCUGCCGGGACAUGUAUGAAUGCAGCUGCCCUGAGCUGGACCAGCUGGUGGACAUCUGUCGGAAAUUUGGUGCUCAAGGGUCACGACUUACUGGAGCAGGAUGGGGAGGCUGCACAGUGUCAAUAGUACCUGCUGACAAGCUGCCCAGCUUCCUAGCAAAUGUGCACGAAGCUUAUUACCAGAGGAACGCUAGAAGCUUACCACCAGAGAAGCAGAGUUUGUUUGCCACCAAGCCUGGAGGUGGGGCCUUGGUUUUCCUUGAGGCCUAAACAAUGCAAAAAAAUCUCAGAGAAACUAUUUAGGGCAUUUAGGAGCUGGCAGGACUUCCUAUGCCACAGCAAAUUAAUCCUCUUUCUGUUUUGUAUUAUGAAGAACAGUUGCUAUUAUCAAGAUUUAUUUCUAAAGAAAUGGUUGAAAGUGCUCUGUGCUUUAUAAUGAUUAUUUUUCCAUCUUAAAAUAUGUUUUCUACCAAUAAGAACCAAGAUUAGGCUUGGACAAGUCUUUUAAGGAUAUUUACUGAGAUUUAUUGAUUUGAAAAUUUUAAAGUGUAAAAUAUACACUCACCACAGUCUACUUCUCAUGAACUGUACUUGAAUAUAGUGCUACAAUUAAAUUGUACAAGGCUGUAAAAUAAUUGAAUCGUAUGCAUUAUUCUUGAAUAGAGUUUAGUUCUUGUUUCUCUUGAUGUUCUUCUUCUUCAAAGGUGUAGUCUUCUGUUGCUGUUGAUGAUGAUGAUAGUGAAGUAAACUCUCUCCCAACCUCAGCUUCAAUACGCUAUUAAAAUAAUACAUGAGUAAAGAUUUACAUAUUUUCUUGGACAUUGUAUACUUGAAUCUGAGACUCCCCCAGUUGUUAAGAUAUGAAAGAACACUUAAUUAUUUUUUCAAAAGACGGAUUUAGAAACAAAAUCAUAGGCUCAAUUAAUAUUGCUUUUACUUUAUUUUUUUAACAUGUGAUAUUUAAAUCACUUUCAAUUCUUUUGGCCCUGUGCUUUCCAUCACUUAAUAGAGCACUUUAGAGUAAAGAUACUUUAAAUCUCUGUCUAUUCACAUUGGAAUAGAGAAUUAUCUGGAUGGUAAUUCAGAUAAUUUUAUUUGAUCGUAGGUUUUACUUCCCACUCUGCCCUGCCUUUUCUCAAAUGCCUCUCAAAUCUAAAGCACGCGUCUACUGUUCUGUUUUUUGUGUGUGGAAGUAAAGAAGAGUCCUAUUGCAUAUUAAACAACCAGUGCUUGCUUUACUCUUUUCUAUCACCUUUCUGGCCCAGGUAGGAAUUUGAUUAUGUUACUCCUGUUUUUUAAUCUUACACAGUAGCCAAUGGGGAUUGCCCUGAGUGAAAGCCUAACAUGCUGAAAGUAAGGGUCUCGCCUGUUCCUGACCUCAGAUUGUCCAGCCUACAGAUGUACUGUAUCCUGUUCUCUACAUGUUAUUUUCUAUCAGAAGGAAAUGGCCCCUCAGACAUAACAGGACUGCCCAUAACAUAAGGAGGGGCCAAAGCAGAGGGGACAGGGAAAACUGGGGUGCAAAAGGUGGAGCAGUCUUCUUUCUUUUCCUUCUUUUUCACACUUGAGUCCCAUUUUAGUACCUUUUCCCACUGUCUUGUGUUUUUGUUAAUCAAGGGCAAGGGCCAUUCAUCUAAUGCAGUCUUUGGUGUCCAAUAUAUUUUUGUUGAACUAUUAACAGAAAAUGAAAGAUGACUUCAGAACACUAA